AGUCAAUUUAUAAUAUUUGCUCAUGUUUGCUCCUCCUGUUAUAGGGAAAUACAUUGCUGCUACACAGCGACCUGAUGGAACUUGGAGGAAGCCUCGUAGAGUGAAGGAUGGUUAUACCCCUCAGGAAGAGGUCCCUGUGUAAGUAAUGCACCCUAACAAAGUGACCUCUGUCAAGUCAACCUUUAUAUGGAUUUUGUUAGAAGCCUCUGCUGUAGAAUGGUUGUGUCCUCAUUUCCUCUAUGCAAAUCUGUCUCUUUGCUUUCAGCUACGAGAAUAAAUUUGUGAAGUUCUUCAAGGACAAGCCUGACCUGCCACCAGGUAUGAGCCCCGGGGAUGCGGCCCAGGCAAGGCAGCAGCAGGGGAUCCCAGGCAUUGCAGAGAAUGAGACAGCUGGGCUCUCCAAGACAGCCAAGCGAAACAUGAAACGCAAGGAAAAGCGCAAGCAGCAAGGCCCGGAUAGCAAUGUGGAAUCACUAACAAAUGCUGUUGAGAAUAUGGCGAUUGCAGAGGGCGGUGACAGUGUAACGCCUGCAUCUAAACCAGCUGGAGCUACUAAUGACCCUUCAUCUGCAACAGCAGAAAAGGCCAAGAAGAUGAAGAACAUAAAAAAGAAGCUGAGGCAGGUUGAGGAGCUGCAGCAGAAACUGGACUCUGGGGAAAUCAAGCAAGCUACAAAAGAGCAGCAGGAGAAGCUUGGAAGGGCCAAGGCCUUACAGGACGAGUUGCUGCAGCUUGAAGAGGAUUCAUGAGAUUGAAAAUGUUGUAAAAAGGGCAGCAAACCAAUUGUGGAAGUUAGACUGUUUGAAAAUAACACCCAGUUCUAAAAGAAAUGGACAUUUACAGCUGCGUUGAUGAGCUUCCCUUGAACAUUUUCUGGAGAUUUGUUGUUAUCAGACAGCCAAUCAACAUGAACUCUGGCUUUGGAAUAUCCUGUGUACAUAAAUCCAACACUUCACGUGUUAUGUUGUUGACAAUAACUGAUCAUGCUUUUCCCACACUUUCUCCAAAACCAAUUACCGAAC